AAGCCCACUUUUUCUAACCAGCCUUCUGUAAAACAUUAAAUUAAGAUAUCAGAUUCUCUGCUUUCAUUUGGUCGCCAUUACCUCCAACGCUGAACAUAAUGGUGACCCCUAGUUUAAAUCGCGGUUAAUCUCAGUACUUUAAAGCGAAUCGCUAGUAAAUUUAGUAAAAUUUGCGAGCCGGUACGUCGAGGAAUCGCCGCGUAUCCUGAUUUAGGCCGGGAGAGCAACGUUACCACGUAGGCAGCAACCGCGUGGGGCUCCGCCGACCUGAAGAAGCUGAAGAGGUGACUAGGAGGCGACCACACCACUCGAUCGAGCGGCCUGAGCCAACGCGACAGGCGCCGACCGAGCCACCAAAGCGGGACCACGUGCGUGGCACCGCAGCCGCAGCAGGGAACGGCUACCGCAAGUACCAAAGGGACCACGUGGGUGGUACCACACCAGAGGCAGAAGGAGCGCCCAAGCGAGGGCAAUCACCAAGCUACGCCACGCGCACGAGCAUCAAUCGAGAAGGCAAGUGAGCUGGCAUUCCCUAACCUAUCUACCAAAUCUCCCUACCAAAUUUAAUUGUAAUCGAUUUAUUUCCUACAAAUUGUAAAUUGUAAUCGUUCUUAAUCAUGUUAGAAACUUCCAAAAACACUCUAGAAGAGUUAGAAAUUAGGCAGUUAAAAAAUAGACGAGGUGUCUGUAAGCGAAAAUUAACUGUAUUUAAUAAAUUUAUAGAAAGAAUCGACUCAAGUGCAUUGACGGCCGAAAUAAUUGUAGACAUAAGCUUAAGACUAGAACAAUUACCAAAGUUAUACAAUGAUUUCUCUGAGAUACAGGACCGGAUCGAGACACUGUGCAGCGACGAAGGGGACAUCGAAGCCCACGAGGCCGAGCGUAUGUCAUUUGAGGACACAUUUUACCGACUUAGCGCUAAGGGCAAGCUGCUGGCGAAGGUAGAUACCGAUUCAACACCAAAUGACCAUAUUCCGCAAGCCCCGCCGCAGCAACCCCUCGGUGAGUCGAUAAAAUAUCCCGAAAUUAGCCUCCCUAGCUUCGACGGAGACCUAACACAGUGGCUGCAAUUUCGAGACACAUUUGAUGCCCUAGUCAACCAAGCUAGCUUAGCACCGAUCGUAAAAUAUAAGUACCUACGCAGUUGUUUACAAGACGGCGCACUUGAGGUAAUUAGUUCGCUCGAUUUCUCCGAGGACGCGUACAUGCUCGCGUGGCAGAUGCUUUGUGAACGUUAUAAUAAUCCUAAACGUUUAGUCACCAACCACAUGCGAGCCUUGUUCGACGUGGAACCGGUACCGUCAACUCCUUCGGGUCUAAGAGGUCUGUGCGAUAAUAUUUCCAAACAUUUGAGAUCUUUGCGCUCAUUAAAUGUACCUACCGAAAAUUGGGAUCUCGCAAUUAUUCACAUGUUAGUUAAAAAGUUAGACAGUCGAUUGCAAUCAAAGUGGGAAAACAGUGUUGAUUUGAGAAAAUUGCCUUCGUUGCAGGAUUUCAAAACCUUCCUAAAGAACCGAGCUGACCGGCUGGAAGCGACCAGCCCAGCAGUACCAUCGGACGCACCCAGCACUUCCAAGAAGGCCAUGGUAACCACGUCCGAACCUAUCAAGGUAACCUCCAAACAGUUUAAAUGUAACCAGUGUCCGUAUUGUUCGAGUACGCAUUAUAUUAAUCAGUGUCCAAAGUUUAGUGCAUUAAACGUUAUCGCGCGCAUCCGAGCCGUGAAUAAAUUACGAUUAUGCUUUAAUUGUUUGUCCGGAACGCAUGUCUUAACAAACUGCAGGGCCAGUACAUGUCGAGUAUGUAAGGGCAAGCAUCAUACGUUACUACACAAACCAAAUACCAACACUCAUGUAGGUAGUAACCCCGUACCAACGCGAUUACCAAUAUCAACGUUAAUCGACGAACAACCGAGUUCUAGUCAAAUCGAGACUACCUUGUCGAAUAACACUUUAAUCGAAAAACAAAUAAACAAUGCGCGAAAUAGGUCAGUUUUCCUUACAACAGCCCAAGUGCUCGUUAGGGAUAAGCAUAACAAUGUGCAUAAAAUGAAGGCAUUUUUAGACAAUGGCUCGCAAGAAAAUUUCAUUACCGAAAACGCGGCCAAAAAGUUACAAUUAAACAAGGAACAACUUGCCUUAAAUGUCAUAGGUUUCAAUGAAAAAGUGUCUAGCCUUUUAGAAUCGUGUGACGUAACAUUGCAUUCCUUAGACGGAACCUUUACAACGAAUUUGUCCUGUUUUAUUACGCCUAUAAUUUGUACUACCAACAUUUUAAUACCAAACGUGCAACGUUGGCACAUUCCGUCGCGUUAUAAAUUAGCUGAUGACGAGUUUAACUUAGCUCAAGAUGUAGAUUUGCUUAUCGGUGGGGAGAUAUUCUUUGAUUUACUUCUUACCGGUAAAUACAAGCUCGGGCCCGGAUUACCGGUUCUGAGACGCUCGCGAUUAGGAUGGAUAGUCACGGGUUCCGUACAAAAAAAAACCGAGUCUGCCAUUCAAUGUAAAGUUACAGUAGAAACUCAAUUAAAAAAGUUUUGGGAAAUAGAGGAGGGUUCCGCACCAAAUUUACCCUAUGAUGAAAAACAAUGUGAGGAUAUAUUUCUGAAAACUCACACUCACAACUCUGAGGGUAAUUUCGAAAUAGAACUUCCAUUAAAGCAGCCACCUACCAAGUUAGGUCAAUCUAGGCACAUAGCAUAUCGGAGGUUCAAAACAUUAGAAUCCAAGUUCGAGCGGAACCCCGAAUUUAAAGAUAAAUAUGUGAAUUUCAUGCGCGAGUUCGAACAAGCUGGCCAUAUGAUUCAAUUACAAGAUAAUUAUGAUGGCCCAUGUAAUUUUCUACCCCACCAAGCUGUUUUUCGCGACUCCCCCUCAACCCCUAUUCGAAUUGUUUUCGACUGCUCAUGCAGAACUGAUAACGGCAUUUCUUUGAAUGAUAUCCAAUACAAAGGCUCAAUAAUACAGGACGAACUCAUAAAUAUACUUCUACGAUUCCGAAAAUACCAAUAUGUUAUUAACGCUGACAUACAAAAAAUGUACAGAUGUAUUUAUGUUAAACCAAAUCAACAAUACCUACAAUGCAUAUUUUGGCGGGAAAAUACUCACCAACGACUCCAAAUUUAUAUGCUGACCACAUUAAGUUUCGGCUUAAAGUCAGCACCACAUAUUGCAACCAGAUGUUUGUUACAAUUGUCAAACGAAAACCAACACACAUUUCCAGCAGCUGCAGAGGCCAUAGCGAACCAGUUCUACAUGGACGAUUUUAUCGCCGGCGGCGACGACGAGAAUCAGGUAGCUGAAACUGCAUCACAGGUGAACGAGAUCCUGCGGGGAGCCAACUUCACGCUGCGGAAAUGGAAGUCCAAUUCCGAAGUCAUCAUAAAACGGGUGAGCGAAACACACACACACCAAAACACACACACAACCGAAUUUGGAGAUAAAACACAUAAGGUCCUGGGUUUAGCGUGGUCUAGUGACUCAGAUGAGCUUAUGUAUACCAUUAAAGAAAACCAAAUUUCACACCCAAUCACCAAAAGAAAGGUACUAGGGGUAAUUUCGUCCAUUUUCGACCCCCUAGGCUUGACGGGACCAGUAAUUGUAGUAGCCAAAAUAUUUAUUCAAAAAUUAUUUAAGGCUCAAUUAGAUUGGGAUACCGAAUUAACACAAGACUUGAUCCAAGAAUGGAACACAUUCUAUCGAGACUUGUUUUUAUUAAACCAAUUGAAAAUUUCGAGAUGUACAGUCAUACCCAAUUAUGUAACGAUACAAAUUCAUGGGUUCUGUGACAGUAGUAUUAAAGCCUAUGGCGCUGCCAUCUAUAUACGAUCAAGCGAUAGAGUAGGAAACGUACAAGUUCACCUACUUUACUCAAAAUCAAAAAUAAGUCCAAUACAACCCCAAACUAUUCCAAAUUUGGAACUUUGUUCCAGUUUACUGCUCGCGACACAUGUCGACAAAAUAAAACGAGCAUUAAAAUGUGACGUUUCCGGAAUCAACCUGUGGUCAGAUUCAAAAAUAACAUUAUGUUGGAUAAAAAAUAGUAACCCUAAAUUAACUUGUUUUGUUAGUAACAGAGUCACAAAAGUAUUAUCACUUACAAACAAGCACGAGUGGUCAUGGGUCCGCUCGGAGGAUAACCCCGCCGACCUUUUGUCCCGAGGGGUAGCACCAGGCAAGCUGGAAACCAACCAGUUAUGGUGGUCUGGGCCGGCGUGGUUGACCCAAAGUCCGGACACAUGGCCGACCCACGAUUCUGAGUCACUAAAUCAUGCACCCGAGGCCGAGAGCGACGUAAACAUAACUCUCACCUUGGCUAUUAGCACAGAAUCUAACGACACGAUACAAUAUCUUUUCCACAGGUGGUCAAGCGAUAAAACACUUAUUCAUGUAUUAGCAUACAUACUUCGAUUUAUAUAUAAUACAAAAAAUAAAACUCGAACAAUUAAUCCAAAUAAUAAAUUAUCAGGACCAUUGUCCGUAGAAGAAUUAAAAAAAUCGGAUCACGCAUUAAUUAGACAUGCACAAAUGGAAUCAUUCCCACACGAAUAUAAAUUAUUGCAAAACAAUAAACCGGUUCUUAACAAAUCAAAAAUAUUAUCUUUACACCCAUUCAUGAAGGACGGACUCGUUCGCGUAGGCGGACGAAUCGGUCUUUCGCAUUAUGCAUAUGAAAAAAAACAUCCUUUAAUAUUAAGUCACGAGCACGCGCUUACCAAACUACUGAUGGCAAACGCACAUAUACGUACUCUGCACGCUGGCCCUCAGUUAUUACUUUCAACUAUUCGCGAGCGCAUCUGGCCAACAAAAGGUAGGAUGUUAGCCUCGAAAAUUGUAAAUAAAUGCGUUCCGUGUUUUAGAGCAAAUCCAAAGACUACUAACCCUAUAAUGGGAAACUUACCCCCCUCAAGGGUAAAUCCUUCCCCCCCCUUUGCUAUCACGGGUAUCGAUUAUGGAGGACCUUAUAACAUUAGAGAUAGGACAGGGCGUGGUUACAAGGUCUCUAAGUGCUAUAUAGCAGUGUUUAUUUGUUUUGCAACAAAGGCAAUUCAUCUCGAAUUAAUUACAGGGCUCGAGUCAGCCAAUUUCCUGGCGGCGCUGCGACGAUUCAUCGCCAGGAGAGGUAAACCGAAGGAGUUGGACUUCUGGCGGCGCUGGUCACGUGACUACAUCGGAACGCUGCAGGAACGCACGAAGUGGAGGAGCGCGCGCGGCCCAAGCCUCGCAGUCGACACCGUCGUCCUGGUACGAGACGAGCGUCUGCCGCCCUGCCGGUGGAGGCUGGGCAAGAUCGUCGCGACGCAGCCGGGCCGGGAUGGCGUCACCAGGGUGGCCGUCAUCCGAACCGCCAGAGGGGACAUCCAACGCGCGUUCAAUAACAUUUGUCCAUUACCUACUUCGGGUGAAGUCAUAUAAGUAGUAAAUACCUACCAACAGUACCAACCUAAUGUAAAGUUCAAAUAAUUAUAACUAAGUGUCUAAUAAGUAUAAUUAAGUACCUAAAUUACCUUACUUACCUAGUACCUAUGUACAUAAUUAGAAUACCUACUCCCUAUUUAAAAUAAAAAUCAUUUC